UGCAAGACACCCCGACCGGUGUGUUUUUUUCUCAUUUACGUAACCAGCUUCGUUUGACUUUUGAACGAAGUUUGAACUACGUUUGAAGUGCAACAUUUCAGUUCUCUCUAAACAAGCUAAGGAAUGGGAGACUGGUCCAUUCUUGGUCGCUUCCUAACGGAGGUGCAGAACCACUCGACAGUCAUCGGUAAGAUUUGGCUGACCGUGCUACUGAUCUUCCGCAUCCUGCUGGUGGCGCUGGUGGGCGACGCGGUGUACAGCGACGAGCAGUCCAAGUUCACCUGCAACACGCUGCAGCCUGGCUGCAACAACGUCUGCUACGACACCUUCGCCCCGGUCUCACACCUGCGCUUCUGGGUCUUCCAGAUCGUCCUCGUCUCAACGCCGUCCAUCUUCUACAUCGUCUACGUGCUGCACAAGAUCGCCAAGGAUGAGAAGCUGGAGGCGGACACGGUGCCGGCCAUCGCCGGGUGUCCGACCUCCGAUGACUUCUCGGUGGCGCAGGUGAAACUGGACGCAGAGGACACCACGGAUGCCAGCGCGUCAGCACCAGUCUUCAGCUCUGGCCCCGAGGAGACCUGGGGCCCCCCGGUGGGCAGCGAGAGCGUGGAGCAGAACCUGCUGGAGGACGGGGUCCCUGUGGUGCGGAAGGACCCCACAGAGCUGUCCAGCCAGGUGCUGCUCAUCUACAUCGUCCACGUGGUGCUCAGCUCCAUCAUGGAGAUCACCUUCCUGGUGGGCCAAUACUACCUGUUCGGCUUCGAGGUGCCGCACCUGUUCCGCUGUGAGACCUACCCCUGCCCAAAUCGGACCGACUGCUUUGUGUCGCGCGCCACCGAGAAGACCAUCUUCCUCAACUUCAUGUUCAGCAUCAGCCUGGGUUGCUUCAUCCUCAACAUUGUGGAGCUGCACUACCUGGGCUGGGUCUACAUCUUCCGCGUGCUCUGUUCCGCCUGCUCCACCUGCUGCACGCCCCACCGGAGCCCCCUGGAGAGGCUGGGGCUCUACCCCGACCACAACCCCCUCCUGCUGCAGCUCAAGCACUCCCUCCAGAGCCGGGUGGUGCUGCAGGCCCCCGCCACCAUGGUCCAGGAGAGGAGCUGCGCCGUGCCGGCCUACACCCCCGCAAUCUCCUUCCAGACGGACUCCACGCUGCAGUGCACGUCCAGGAGGGGGCUGGAUGACAAGGAGCACUGCAAGGUCAAGCUGGCCAAAUUAGGCAGGGGAGAGAAAUCCUGGCUGUAAAAGGACUGGUCUGUGUCCCAUUUGGCAAAAUGCUCUUGACAUUCUUUUUUUCUUUUUUUGGUAUUUAUUACUCUGAGAAUUAACAGGAAAUGUUUUUCAGACAAUUGAGACACACAAAGCAAACAUUGCCGAUACUAUAUAUUUAUUUAUAGAAUAUACAUAUUUUAGUAUUUUGCAGUGGUUUACUCAGUUAUCUCAGAAUAUUGCUUUGCUAUGAUGGUGUUUUCAUACCCAUAUUUCAAGUCUACUAUUGUGAUCAUGAAUUUUGUUAUGUUAUGUGUCAGCCAAUGAUUUGUAUGACUGGUACAGUUUCAAUUGCUUUAAUUUAUGGUUUUUGUGGUUCAUAUUUAAGAAAGUCUUUUUUUUCAUUAUAUUGAAAUGCUGUGGAAAGACAAUACGGAUUGGAAAUAAACUAAUUUCCUUAUCUAUACCACAGAAUUGGGCUAUUAUGGUAAAAAUUUGCAGCAUAUAAAUAAAUGGGUGCACACCAGUAUGUUGACAUUUAAUGUGACGUGUGCUAAGACAUCACCCAACAUGCAGUGUAAUUUAUCAAACUAUUUGUGUUAAAGAAAUGUAUCAGCUUAUGUGGGCUCAGUGUCAAAUCAAGACAUUUCUGACCUAAACUUCAUGUAUAGUAAUUCCUUUUAAUGAGGCCGAUCAAGCAGGGAGUCAAACCAAGAUGAAUGUGAUGGACACUUGUAGCAGUGAGGUGAAAUGAUCCUAAUCUACAGAAUGAAGUCAUAGUGAACUGCUGUGUCUGAGAGUUGCCAUUUUGGCAGUACCCUUGGAUUUCAUUGAGAAUAAA